AUGGCAUAUGAAACCGAUAAUCAUAUAAAUAUAGAAAAUAAUUUAAUUGAAAAUGAAUUAAACUUUGAAUCCGAUAAUAUUGAUACAGAUAAAAUUUUUAAUGUUGAUAAAAAUACGUCUGAAAAAUCUAUGUAUAAUACUCAUACUGAUUUAGAGAAACAAAUUACUAAGGACGUUAGCUCCAUACUUGACUUUAAUGAGCCGGCAACGUGGCCAGAAUAUACAAAUAAUGACUUAAGAGCUGAUUUUGUAAAACAUGGAACUAUUAAAAUAACCAAUUACAACUUUCCGUAUAAUGAUGAUAAACCAUAUCCAAGAAGCUUCACAAAACAAUAUUAUAUUCAUAGUAUGGCGAAUGGGGAAGUUGUAGACCGCCAGUGGCUUGUGUACUCAAAAAUAAAAGAUCGAGUGUUCUGUUUUUGUUGCGUACUAUUUAGUCAAGGAAAUUCAGAAAGUAAUUUAACUAAUAUCAAGGAAGGUGUAAACGAUUGGAAGCAUUUGUCGCAAAAGCUUUUACAACAUGAACGUUCUAAACCCCACUAUUUAUCUUUAAAGCAAUGGUAUGAUUUAAAAAUAGGUUUAAAGUCAUUGGCUACUAUAGAUCAACAACAUUUAACUCAAAUUGAAAAAGAAAAAAACCAUUGGAGAGCUAUGCUUCAACGAAUUUUAUGCAUAAUUCAGUACUUGAGUAAGCACAAUGAUGGAUUUCGUGGGAAAUCCGAUGUUUUAUUUACAAAAAAUAAUGGUGAAUUCUUAGGUUUGAUUGAAAUGUUAUCCAAAUUUGAUUCGGUUACAAUAGAACAUAUACGACGCAUUAAAAAUGUAGAGACGCAUACUCACUACUUGGGACAUGAUAUUCAAGAUGAGCUAAUCAACUUGAUGGCAAAUGAGACACCAGCCGCCAAGAGCAACUAUCUAUAA